AUUUCAAAAUUAAUAUUUUCAAUAUUAUUAAUAUUAUUAAUAACAAUUUUUUUAAAUAAAUUAUAUAACAAUCCAAUAAUAUUAUUGAUUUUUUUAAUUAUAUAUUCUAUUUUCAUUUCAAUCUCAUUAUAUACCAUUUGUCCAAUAAAUUCAUUAUUAAUUUUUAUAACACUAAUUGUAUUUAUUAGAGGUAUAUUAAUUUUAUUUUCAUACUUUAUUUCUUUAUUAAAUAAACCAAUUAAAAUUAAAAUUAAAUUUAUUAUUUUAUCAAUUAUAUCAACAUUAUUAAUUAAUAAAUUAUUAAAAAAAUAUUUUAUUAACAAUUUAUAUACAAGAUUAAUAUUUAAAAAUUUAAAUUUAAUAUCAUCAUUAUAUAUAAAUCCCAAUAUUAUUAUAUUUAUAUUAAUAAUUUUUAUAUUAAUUAUUACUUUAUUAUUAAUAACAAAAAUUUCUUUUAUUGAAAAAAAAACUCUUCGACAAAAAAAAUAA